AUGAAAUUAAAUGAAACAAACACGACAGGUGAAAAGCGUAACCCGCGGAUGUGCCACUGCGCCUGCACAUGGGCAGUCCUGGCAGUUGUAACUCCUCCACGGGGUCCCAAGGCCCGGUGGCCUGCCCCGCCCACGUGGGGCCGCGGCCCGUCGAAUGACUCGGUGCAACGUGUUGGUGGCGGUGGCGGCGGCGGCGGCGGCGGCGCGGGCUCUUCCGGCUUCAACGGCAGCGGCGACGCCCUGGUGACCCGCAUCUCCACCCUCCUCCACGACCUGCCCACCCUGAAGGCGGCCGUGAUCGUGGCGUGCGCCUUCACCGCCCUGCUCAUCGCCUGCCUGCUGCUGCGUGUCUUCAGGUCAGGAAAGAGGCUAAAGAAGACCCGAAAAUACGACAUCAUCACCACUCCAGCUGAGCGAGUGGAAAUGGCCCCGCUGAAUGAAGAGGAUGAUGAGGAUGAAGACUCCACAGUAUUUGACAUCAAAUACAGGUAAAACCUGUUUUCCAGUGUGUUGACAUCCUGUGGAAAGUUGGUCAGCUGUAAACUGGGGAGUGAAGGAUCUGGAAGCCCUCUCGCGUCUGAGGUGUUGAACCAAAACAAACAUUAUUUAUGAAACGCUGGCUCCAUUGUUUGUGCUGGACAACUGCUCAGAUUGUCACCAUCAAGCUUGUUUUCAAAUGACCACGUGGAAGUCAUUUCUGCCACCCUUUGGGCACCCCUUUCAAAUGUCACCCCUUCCUCUCCACACUUCAGAUAUUUUUUCUGGCCCACUAAGGAGUAAAGGGUAGAAACACUUUUUUUUUUUUUUAAUUGUUUUUUAAGGUAACUGUUGACAAUAGUAAAAGAGAUCAGGAGGAUCAAGAAUCUAAAAAAAGCCUGAGUGAUAUCCAAGUGUAUAUUUAGAACUUCUGACAUUCUUUUCUCCUGGAUCUACGAGUUAGACCUCAUCUGACCCUCUGGUGUAUUUUCAGUGUGGCCAGGUCCUGGCUUUGUGUUGGUAAUGUUUGUGUGAAGUUCAAAGUGGAGGUGCAUAGAGCUGUCAGCUCUUCUAGAACUGGACCCAUUAUGAUUGUUUUUGUUUCUUCUCUUUGUUUUUUGUUUUUUUUUAAAAGGGGUCAGCAGACAUAGGCAUGGCUAGUUCACAAAGCAUUUCCAAUAUCAGGGAAAACUGUGUGUGUGUGCAUGUGUGUGUGUAUGUGUGUAUACAUAUAAAACAGUUUCUCUGAAGGAAAAGGAAAGUGCUAGACAGCUUUUGGUUAGUAACAUCUUUUGUGUUUUGGUGUUUGUCUCUGCUCUGUCAAAGUUCUACACCGUUUGUCCUAGAAAUGUAAGUUUUAAAAACCACUGUGGCAAUUGAAAUGGUGAUUUGGUUGUCACACUGUCAGUGACUAUAUUUGAAGUUAGUCUAGGCCAGAUUGGACUAGAAACUCACCUGGACCCAGGAGGUCCCACAGGACCCAGGAGGUCACUGCAGGACAGCCCUUCCCACAGCUUGGAGGAAGAGAUUCAGAAGGGUGGGACUGGAAACAGUGCAGCCGUGGCUGCUUUAUCUCUGCCCUCCGUGGUGUACUCAUGGCCACAGCGGUGACUCACAGGAGCCCGGCCACCUAGCAGCUGUGCAUCCUUUCAACCUUUGAACUGGAACUGCUGGCUCACACGUGGCUUUCGAUGACUGUAGCUGGACCCGAUGGGAAAGCUGGAUUCCUCUGCCUUAUGUUUGAACACCAGGACCUCGCCUACCAGGUGCUCGCCACUGGUCCUGGCAGAAGCGACUGCCGAGAAUGACCUUCCAAAUCCACGGUGGAACUUCAGCACUUACAGGCUCUUAAAUAAAAACUCUUUAGAUGUGAGGCCA